AUGACCGGGCUGUGCCGGGGGCUCUUUGCGGUCUUGGCCUGCAGUUUGACGGUUCCUGCUGCAGCUCAGAGGGUACCUGCCACCUCGGUGGACUAUGAUUGCAAUGGCACCAGCAUCCACUUGGUUGUCAAGAUGGACCCCUGGGGGGCCGGUGUCAGGCUGGACCCACAGUACCUGUUCCUGGGCAGCUGCUCCCCAUCCUUUGAGAACGACGCCAAGGGCCUCUUCCACUUCCAGUACCGCUUGAAGGAGUGUGGCUUUGCACGGCUGGCGUCGGGCAGGAGGGUCGAGCACUCUGCCCACCUGAUCUAUGCCCCACCAUCCGCCCAAGGCAGAGUCCACAGCCGCCCUUUUGCCGAGCGGAUCAACUGUACAGAUGUCAGGGCAGAUCACGUUCCCACGCAGGUGUCAGUGACCGGCCACCUGUCUGCUUCCAGCCUGCUGAUGUUCACUGUGCAACUCAUGAAUGAGGAUUUCAGCGCUCCAUCCCACACCAAGGCCUUUCCCCUGGGCUCCCAGAUCCACAUCAAGUUCGCGGUGCAGAGUUUCUUCCACCAGCCUCUGCGGGUUUUUGUGGAUGAGUGCACAGCGGCCGCCACGCCAGAGCUGAGCAAAUCGCCCCAGAACUACAGCAUUGUUGCAAACCACGGGUGCGUUGUGGACGGCAAGGUGGCCAAUACCUGGUUCCUCCCAAGAAGGACUCCUGAAGUGAUCCAUCUCUCUCUGCAGGCCUUUGAAUUUGUGGGGGUUGACACAGAUAUCUACCUACACUGCCAAGUCCUAGUCUGGGAUCCAAAAGUCCUCUCUGACCCCACGAGGAAGGCCUGCUCCUUUCGCCGAGAUGUCAGUAGAUGGGAGCAUCUGGACGAUCCCACCAGUUCUGUGUGCAGCUGCUGUGAUUCCGUGUGCCAGGCUGCCGGAUCUCGGCAUAAGCGCGACAGCGGAGGUUCUCCGGUGGGAGUCAGUCCACUGCAAUCCAGUGUGGUCAUUGGUCGCUUGACAAUUCGGAAGUCCACUAGAAAUGGAGGCCAGUCCGCGUGGGAUUCAAACAGCAACUUUGCUGUCAAGAGUCAUAAAGGUAAGGUUUGUAAGGCCAAGGUACACCAGCGGGUGCAAGAGAGAGAGAGCAGCAGCAGCUCGCAUCAUUGCUUGUUCCGCGGUUGUGGGGGGAGGGAGGAGGCAGUGCGUGGGCUACAGGUGCCGCCGGCGGUGGGCGCCCUGGUCCUGGAGGGGGCAGCUGUGGCCACACUGUCCUUGGGCUUCUGCCUCUGCAGCGGCUACCGGAGGAGGCGCUGCCUGCGCUCCAGGGAGGCGGCCCGCCCCGCGCCGCGGGGGCCGCCGGCUGCCGAGCAGGAUCGCGGCGGGCGCAGCGCCAGCGCGGACCGAGCGGAAUAA